UACCGGGGGCCGCCGCAUCCGCUGCGAAGCCAUGGCCGCGCCUCUAUACCGCCCUCACCACCCCAGAUCCGACUUCAGAUCCUAUUUUAUCUCGUUACAGUCGCCCCGCACACCGUUCAUGACCCACUUGAGCUCCAUGUGCAGUGUUCGCGGCGACACUGUCAGGUUCGUUCACAUGGAUCCAGCCGGCGACAUUGACGACCUGAUCACCCUCAGGACGUGGAGUCCGUGUUGGUGUCCAAGGUGCCGCCAGGCCAAUGGCAACGCAGCGUCAAGCACUGCGUCACCAUCCACCUCGAAGAGAUCCAGGACUACACACUCGUGUCGGUCAACCUCGACUACAGAACGUCGUGCACGCCUGUGAUCUGUCGGCUUUCUCCCUGGCACCUUGGCUGCAUCGAUGGGGGAGAUGAAGCCACACAGGGCGGCGGCGGAACGUGAAGCAGCGGCGGCGCUCGCCCCCCGCUCGGACCAAUCACGCCUUGGUCGGAGCAGCGCGGCGAAGGAAGGCGAGCGGCGCGAAGACAGAGAAGACCACUAGCGCAAAGACUACAACAACGACCACCACACGAGCAAGUGGAACGUCUGGUGGUGCCGGAGGAACGACGACGACGACGACCGCGACCACGACGGGCGCGGUGACCGCGCUCGCUGCGCCCACCGCACAAGCACACGGUCGGUGAGGCCGGCUGCAAGCGGGAGCGCUCGCCCAGGCGUCGGACUUGGGGCGGCGGAAGUAGACAUGGGGGACACCAGCAUCAGGAGGCCGUGAACAACAUGAGCAGGCCUCAGCAGCUGUCUCUUUUUGGCCCACUGCGUGACAAGAGAGCCAUCGAGCUCCAGUUUCUGUUCGCUGACCGCGCCUCGACGAUGAAGGAGGCUGCCGAGAAUUUUCUAUGCAGGAAGGAAGGGACGACGGACAGGGUAUCAACUCAGCUAAACACCUCCUACGACUACAGUAGCAAAGCGGCGACCUUGGCAGACACACGCUCCGUCUGCCACAUGAAGGGGAUGAAGCCUGGUCCAACGAGCGCAGGCGCAAGGAUAACAUCAACCCGCCGAUGAUCAAGGUGUCUCAUGCGUUCACUCGCAUACUGGAGGACUUGCCAGAACCUGGCAACAAGCAGACAAUGCCGCUGUCGUCUCCAUUGAUGCUGCAUUACAGAACCUCCGGGUGCAAGCGACUCUGCACGACCUGGAGCCGGAGAUCCUGCCGGCAUCGCCGAUUCUAGCCAAUGGCCAUUACUCGCCUCUCCACCAUGCCUACUCUGACCCUCUUGAUGAUGCACAGAUGUCGCCCAGCCUCACUAAUGACACCGACGACACGGCUGGGCUACACGGCGACGCUGAGGAAGCGGCCAGCAGCAUCAACAACCGGCCUGCGGCAACACAAGGAGGUAAGGAUCCCAGCAAUCACAGCGGCAACAACAUCGUCAGCGCACUCUUCACCAGGUCGGCGCAAGUGCUCCAGGAACCCCCAAUGGAGGUACACGUGGAGGACCAGAACCAGCAGCUGCACCAGGAGGUGACCAAAAGCCGCCGUCCACGACGCGUCUUCGACAUGUCUACGCCCCUCAAGGCUGCACUGCAGGAGUUUUUGGCCAUGUUCCAGGGACCGUUACCGCAAGACGUGAUUGCUGCGCUGACUGCGGCCUUCAACCUCAACGACCCUGUUGAUGAGGAACUCGACGAAACAGUGGCCAGGGUGGCAGGCGACGCCAUCGAUGACAUCCAGGGAGAAGCCAUCCAGGCAGGGGCAGGCGACGCCAUCGACGACACCCAGGGUCUUCCAGGUUAUCAUGUUCAGCACUCCAUUCAGUGUCUUCCAGGUUAUCAUGUUAUCUGCAAUGUACCAGCUUUCUACCAGAGCAAGAACCUACUGCAUGCUUCAUUUCUCGUGACUUGCCUGUCAUUUGGGCUGUAA